CAUCUAUUCACCUCAACGCUCAAACACAACCGACGACAAUGAGCGACUUCCUCUCGCGCGAGGCCAAUCUCUUCGGCGGUGAAUUUGGUGGCACGAGCAACACCAGCGGUGCGGGUGGCGACGAAAUCGACUUUGAGCGCGCUGCGUCAGCGUUCCCUGAUAUCUCGUUGGACGGCGAUAUCCCUUCUGUUCCUGUUCCUUCCCAGACGACCCAGUCGAAUAGUGGUGGAGGAUUCUCGUUUGAUAGCUUCGAUGCGCCUAGUGAUACCGGGAAUGUGAGGGUUACGGGCGAUGAUGAAUUGGAGAAGUUCGAGAACCAAUUCCCUGAAUUGGAGGUUCCACAGCAAACCUCUCCUCCCCCCUCUGCCCCGACCUUCGCGCCACGACCGCAGCCAUCAGCGCUGGCAUCCACCCCUAUCUUGACCCAGCAAAUUGAGGAAGAGGAACCUCAAGUCAUUCGGGAAUGGAGAGAAAAGCAACAAGCGGAAAUCCAAGCUCGCGAGGAAGCCGCUAAAGCGCGUCGUCAAGAGACUAUCUCAAAGGCUGAACGCUCCAUUGAUGAAUUCUAUGAGGAGUAUGCUAAGAAGAAGGAGAGGAACAUCCGGGAGAACAAGGAUACUGAAGCGGAAUUCCUUGCCAACCAAACCUCUUCGUUAGCCACUGGCACGACCUGGGAGCGUAUUUGUGACCUCAUUGACCUCCAGAACUCGCAGAGCAAAACCCUGGCCCGCACUGGUGCCGGUACUACGGAUUUGACACGCUUCAAGGAGGUGUUGUUGCGAUUGAAGAGGGAGGGAGACAAUGCGCCGGGCGCAGCUGGAUAUUAGACGUCUGUGGUUAUCGUCCCUUAAUAAUUGCCUUUCUUGCUUCUCGACUUUUUAAUUGCUAUUGGUUCUCGU